GGGAAAUAAGUAAAUCGCGUAACAAGGUGAUAUGCACUGUGACCUUGUUUUCUAUUUGUGAAGGAUUUCUUACCGCGUUACUAAACAAUUAUUCUAUUGCCAUCGAACUAACAAUGUCGAAUUCAAAACAGCCCACCUCAAGUAAAGCCUUUUGGGAAUCAAGCGAUGAUAAAAUAGAAGCCGCCAUCCAUUCAUUAGGCGCAGCCGGUUUGCCAAUUAACGUUUCAAAAGUUUCUGAUCAACUGACCGAUACCAUUGUAUCUUCAUAUGAUAAUAAAACUUCAUUAUUUAUCUAUAAAUCAAGUUGGUGCUCAAGAAUUGCCCAAGUGCUGUCUAAAUCAAAUAUUAGCUAUAAAAAAACAAAACCAAAUUGGGAAAAUAUCUCUAUGUUAAUUAAUGACAAGCGACUGGGUAUUGUUAAUCCUAACAUUAAACCUUUUGAAGCGUUUCCUAUUACAAAUGGUGAAACCGUUAGCGUUUCUAAAAAUUCAUCAUCAUUAAAUUCAUCAUCAUUAAAUUCAUCCUCUUCUGCCUCGUCUUCUCCAAAACAACCAAGGUUAUCUUUACAGGACAAGGAUUAUAUUAAAAAAUUGUAUGAAGACUUAAAUGAAACUUCUAUGUGGAAAUUGUCUUCUGGUGUGGUUGUAGAGAAAAAGAUGGAAGAGUUCGCACUUGUUUGUAAUUUCGAGCAUCCAGUACACUCUCUCGUCCUCGAUUUAAGCGACGAAAGUUGGAAGAAAUAUUUCAGUGAUCAAGAUAUUGCUGAAAUGAUGAACUACAAUGAGAAGAAGCUUCCAGAAUUGCCAGCUGAAUUAAAUAAUUUUAUACUUGAAGCUCGAAAGCUUCCGGAUGCUGACUCAUUUAAGCAGUAUUUGAAACAAGAAUUUGAUUCCACUGCUUGUGAAUGGGCUAAGGAUACAGUGCUUGAUUAUAUCAAGCUUUUUAAAUAUCAAAAAUUGCCGCUCAACCAUCAAACUGAGGGCGAUAUGCUUCGCAGAAUUUGGUUUUUUCUCGACACCGUUCUAGACGAUUCUAAAAUAGAUUGCAUCGGAGGUGAGAAAUCAAGUAAAUCUUCUUGUGUUAGUAGAAAUCUUGGUAGAACAUUAGCAGCUAAAGAUAAAAUGGAGAGAAAGUUUACGGGAAGAAAAGUCGAUAUGCUCUUUACUCGCCAAAGAUUGGAGUAUGGCUGCUGUGAGUGUGGUCGCUUUGACGAUGAUACAAAGCAGCUCUACGACGGUUCAUUUAAAAUGGAAAAAGUCUUGAAAGAUAUGAUGUAUAGUUUAUACAGAGCGGCGCCUAGUUCAAUUCGUCAAUUAACUCUUGUCGGCUAUUUGAUGUAUGAAACCAAAUUUACCAUGGUUCUCUGUGAUUCACCGGCAGGGCACGUAACAAGAAUUACCACUUUGAGCUCAAUUGAUUUACCUGAGGAGGUUGAUGACAUAUCUAAUCAGCUCCUCGCAAUAUUAAAGGUUGUCUAUCAAGGAAGGCUAAUUAUGGAGGAGAGUAAUAAGCUUGUAAGAAAAGAGAGUGCCGACGUAAAAAAAAUAGAACCAGUGAAAGAUCUGUUGUUGUUACCUUGUUUCAGUGUCGAAGCAAGUAAAAGAAAGAGAAGAAGAGACGGUGAGGAAGAAGAUAUUGAAGCUUAAGUCGAAGGAAGAAAAAGCAAAAAUAACGAAAAACAUAUAAUAAAUAUUCAUACCGCUUAUCAAAAUACCCUUAUUAAAAAAUAAUAUACUUG